UUAAAUCAGAAUUCAGCCCUCCACGCCUCUUUAAAAACGCUCCUCACCAAAAUUCCAUGGCGGAGGAGGAUGAUGUCCCUGAUCAGAACCCUAGGUUCUUCGUGGCGGUGCACGUCGGCGCUCACGUGCCGCCGAACGAGAAAGCUCUCAGGUCCGCCAUGAAACGUGCCUGCCUCGCUGCUGCUUCUGUUCUUCGCAAGGAUGAUCCAAGCACAAAUGCUGGGAUUGGCUCAAAUUUGACUGAAGAGGUCAUGUGGAAUGUGAUGCCGGUAUCAUGGAUGGUGAUUCUGGGGCAUUUGGGGCUGUUGGAGCGGUGCCAGCUUCUUGGUUGGUAAAGGUGCACGUAUGUGGGCAAAAUCCAAGGGUAUUUCUUGGCCGACAGGUAUACUGGAGGCUGAUGAGGUAAACUCUCCUAGUUUUUUGUCCUAUCUGUCUAAAUUUCCAUUUCCCUAUAUAUCAAUAUUUUUUCUUGAAUACGUUGGUUUUAAAUUUCUUUAGUAAUCUAUUCUUUAUUCUGGAAUUAGUUAUCAU